GAAGAAUCACAUCGGCUCUCGUAGUCGUUCGUACACGGCGGGUUUGAUCAUUACUUUAGAUGGGCCAGUAAUGGGCUCCCUUUAAAAGGCCCAUUUUGUUGGAUGAUUUUAAGUUUUUAACCUCCCCCAAUUUCUCAUCGGAAAAACGUUCAGCGAUCAUCAUCACUCGUAGUUUCCUAUUUUUCCAGGCAAGUAGUGAGAAUCGGAGGAAUGGAUCAGUUCUCAGGAGGAGGCAAUUGGUCGAUGAUCCCCAAUGUUCAAGCGCAGGGUAACUUCGGUACACCCACCAAUCAAGACCAUCUAUUCCUCCAGCAACAACAGCCACAACAGUUUCAUCAUCCACAGCAACAACAAACCCAACAGCAGUUCCAGCCACAACAACAGCAACAAGAGAUGCAGUUCCAGCAAUUCCAACAACAACAACAGUUCAUUCAACAGCAGCAGUUCCAUCACCAGCAGCACCGUCUGCUACAUUCUCCUCAGCAGCCGCAGUCGUCUUUGCAGUCCCCUCCGCCGCAGCAGACGGUGGUUCAUACUCCGCAGUCGAUGAUGCAUACACCGCAGCAACAGCAGCAGUUGGUGCAUACUCCGCAGCAAUCGGUUCAGACUCCGCAGCAGCACCAGUCUUUAGCUUCCCAUUUCCAUCUCUAUCCUUUGGUGGAGAAACUAUCAGAUGCAGUUGAAACUGGAACACGAGAUCAGAACUCUGAUGCCCUGGUGAGUGAAUUGAACGGUCAUUUUGACAAGUGUCAACAGCUGUUAAAUUCGAUUUCAGGAUCUCUAGGAUCUAAAACUACUAUGACUGUUGAUGGACAAAAGAGGAAUCUAGAAGAAAGUGAGCAACUGCUUCAACAAAGAAGGGACUUGAUUAUGGAAUAUAGGAAAUCUAUUGAAGACCUUGUCAAGAUAGAGCCAUAGUUCCAUAUUUUUCUCAAGAUGUGUGUUGUAUCUUUAUUUACUCAUACUCUGCAGUUUUAGCUGCCAAUAAAGACCAAUAAUGUAAGCACUGAACCGAUUUUUUAAUUAGAAAAAUAAUGAAAAUGGUGUUUUUUUUUUU